AUCAAAAAGUAACGUGCGUGAUAGCAUGACAUUAGAUUUUAAUGAUGUGGCGUUACAUUACGGUUAAUUGGAUUUAUUGUAUUUAGAAAUUGAGGCCUUGCCAUAACCAGAUGACAUUAGGGUUUUGCAGGGAAAGACGUUCUCUUGCUUCUGCGGCGGCUGCAUCUGGUUUCUUGGUCUUCCUCUGUAGGUCAUGCGAGUGGAGGAGAUGGCAGUCGAGGAAGAUGACGAACAUCGAGAAACACGAUCUUGCCGCUGUUGAUGCGCCAGUAACUUGGAUGCGAUUUAGGGUUUCUUUGAUUUGGGAUUUUGUCUCCUCUUUGCAGGUUGACGUUGCUGGUGAGUUGCGCUGCGGCGGUUCGCGCGAAGGAGAUGACAGUGUAAACUGGGCUCGAUGGAAACGCGAAGGCGAUGAUGGAGGUUCGAAGAUGCGAACACGACUUCUCGCAGGAUGCGAACUCGAACUCAAUCGCGAUUGGGUUUUCGCUUGCAGGUACGGCGAAGAAGCAAGCUUCCAUGGUUGUGCGAGAUUGAUGACGGAGGUGCAGCGUCCAUGGAAUUUGGAUGAGAAUGAAGGCAACGACGCUUUGGCGGAGAGGCUUGCGUUUGACGGGAUCUGGCGACGAAGAUGGUUGCGCGUCAUGGUGGCGAUUUCGAUGGAGGGUUAGGGUUGCUGGACAUUGUGCGACUGUGGCUUGCGGUUGCUGGUGUGCGUGAUGCG